GCCAUGGCCGGAGCGGGGCCGGUACGGGCGGGUGGGCUCGGACGGCGCCGGCACUUUCCUUCCCGAACCGGCCUCUCCUGGCCCAGCAGAGCAGCCGGGACACCCCGGUCAUCCCUCAGCACCCCGGCUGAGGGGAGCACCCCGGUGCUGUGAGGGGCGGGGGGUGCGCGGGGUUCGGCCGUGCCUGAGGGGCUGGUUUUUGAGGUCCUUGCCCCGUGAAACCACCUGUGCCGUGCGUGUGGGAUGUGUGAGGAAAUAUUCCUUAAGCGGAGAAUCUCAGUCCUGAAGUUUAUUGCCACUGCUUUGUGAGAUUCAAGAAGACCUUCAGAAGUUUAAAAUGGAAAAAAAGAGCUUGAAAGGAAAUGCAGAAGCCGUGGAUAUUUGUGACCUCAGAAAAGCAGCUGAAAGGACUGAACUUGGGCUGAGAAAACAUGCUGAGAAUUAUUUAAAUGUUAUAAACAGCCAAGAGUUAACUCUUUCUUCAGCUGUUAAUAAAGAAGUGGAUUCCAAAGAGCCCCUUAAGUGCAGGAAUUUUCCUUUUGGUGCCUGUCAGGAGCAGCUGGUUCUGCCACCAGUGGAGCCUGUGACUGUGCAGAGGUGCAGCAGAUCAGCCCCACGUGUGUGCCAGGGCCCCCAGCAGCAGGUGGAAAUGGAUUUUAAUAUUAUGCUUGACCCAGAGAACACAGAUAAUAAAUCUGGUUUAAAACAUCCCAAUGAGGAGACCAGGCUGCCACUUAUAACUAAGAAAAAAUCUGCUUCUGUGUGCAGGCAGAAAGGUCCCACAGUCACCAAGCCCUGGCCUCUGCCUGCCUGUCACUGCCUGGCAGCAGGAGAGAUCCCAAAAGGUGCCCUGAGCCUCAGUGGCCAAAGGCUCAUCCUUCCAGCAGCAGGGAGAGCCCUGCCAGCCCCUCCUGCUGUGUCCAGAGCAGCUCCUUGUCCUGAGCUCCCCAGGCAGCACAAGGAACCAGCUGUGGGAGAGAUCAGGCUGGCCCCUGAGAACACAGACACCAUCACCUUCCCAAAGGCAAAGGAAGCAAUUUAUGGCACACACUCCUGUGCUGAAGGGAACAUUGCACCCCUCCCAUCCAGAAAUUCCAUGGUUUCAACAGGGAAAUCAAAGCCAGAGUGGAGAUCUCCAGCUCAGCAGUUGGAAUCUGAGGGGCACAUUCCCUCUCAGACACAGCCCCCACAAACAGCUCAGCCCUUCCAGGAUCCCUGCUUGGACUGGGACACUGCUGUUCACCAGAAAGCUCCAGGUUUCCUGGCACUCCAACACCACCACCAUUCCUCUUGUGGGGGGAGCAUUGUGGGGAUUUUGGAACCCACAGAAAAGCUCCUCAAAAACCACAAUGGCCAAAAAUCAGCACAGAUCACCUCGGAGCUGGAUUUUAAAGAGAGCCCCACCAGAAGUGCUGCUGUGUCAGUGGUGAAGGAGCAGCCAGCUGUGGAGAGGCUCCUGGAGCAGGCUGGCCAGAGCAGCAGGGGCAGGGCAGGGGCUGCAGCAGGCAGCAGUGGGCAGCAGCCCUGGCCAGCAGCUGUCAUCUGGGACUCCUGCCUGAGCAGCACCCUGGGGGAGGCCCAGCACAGACACCUGCAGAACUUCUACAGCAGGGCCAAGCAUCUGGCAGCCAACUGGAAUCGCAUCAGGACCUCCAGGAGGACUAUUAUCCAUAUCCCAUCAUUAGGAUAUUCCCAGCACAUCCGUGAGCACAUCCCUGAUCUUGCUGUCCAGCAGAACCUGCAGAUGGGGAGGCUCUGUGACAUCCUGGAUGCCAACGUGGAUGUCAUCUACAUCUGCCCCCUUGCUCUGAGUGAGGAGGUGCUGCAGUAUUACAAUAAACUCCUGGGUCUGCAGGCAGCUGUUAGAUCUGGGAACCCUGAGGACAUGGCUGACCUGCAGGACAGGUUCAAAAUUCUCACCCCUGAAGCUAUAAACAGCUUCCCUGAGCAUCACAUGUGCCUGGCCACUGUGCUGAGGUACAGCCCCAGGACCCUGCAGAGGCUGCAGGCUCUGCUGCAGGGCAGGGAUGCCUACAUGGUUGGGGGGGUUCCCCACCUGGAUGAUUUGGCUGUGGCUGAUGAGCUCCAGGUGCCAGUUUUGGGCUCAGAGCCAGCAGUGGCUCAGCUCUACAGCACCAAGUCUGGCAGCAAGAGAAUCUUUGCCAGUGCUGGGGUGCCAACCCCUCCUGGAGAGUGGGACAUCCACAGCAGGGAGCAGCUGCUCCGGGCUCUCAGCCGGCUCGUCCUGGACAAUUUGGAAGUGCAGCGCUGGCUCUUCAAGGUGGACGGUGAGAGGGGAGGAGAUGGCACUGCCUUCUGUGACGUCAUUUGUCACCUGGAAUGCUAUCCCUGCAUCCAGAGGGAGUGGCAGGGACACGGCCCCGACCUGGGCAGGGACAGCCAGGCUCGGGAGCUAGCUUUGGUGAAGAUCUCCCAGGAGCUGCCGGGCCUUUUAGCACAGCACGUACAGCCAGUCAAUGAGAAACGAUUCCCUACAUGGGAAAAAUUCCUCCAAACAUUUCUUACUCAAGGUGGAGUGAUCGAAGCCUUCCCUUCUCGCCAGCGUCACCAACCUGACGUGGAUGUGCUGAUAGAGCCGACAGGGCAGGUGGCCCUGCUGUCAUCUGGGGACCAGCUCCACGCCGAGGGGCCCCUCAGGUCCUCUGGCAGCACCAUCCCACAGCGUUCUGUGGACCCUGAGCUCCUUCAAGGUCUCUGCUGGAGGAUUGGGGAGGCCUGUAAAUCCAAAGGAGUGCUCGGCUACUUCUCCGUGGACUUUGUGGCUUUCACCCCCCAGACCAGGGAGCAGCAGGUGUGGGCAACAGACCUUGACCUCUGCUACAGUGACCAGCUGGCCCUGACUCAGCUCCUGUUGUACAUGACAGAUGGAAAUCUGGAUUGUGGCUCCAGCCCCCUGCAAGGACCUCUGGGGCCAAAGGGAAGCAAAAGCCAAAGGGGCCAGCACGAGGGGACAAACCCUCCUGGCCCCAGCAGCCCCCUGUGUGCCGUGGCCAGCAGCCAGCUGAGGCACUCCAGCCUGGCAGGGAUCCCCUACAGCCUCCUGCUCCACACCUGCAAAGCUCGUGGGGUUGGAUUUGACCUCCAGGAAAAACAGGGAACAGUUUUUGUGUUGUAUGAAGACCAGAAGCGACACAGACUGGGAAUGGUAACAAUCGGGGAGGAUCUCCAGGGGGUCCUCCUGACCUUUGCUCGCAAUCUCUUCAUCAUCCAUCAAGAAAUAUCAGCACCUAAUAUGCAAGGCGAGACCAAUUUUAAGAUGGCAAUUCGAGAUAUUGAAGCAAUUCUAGGAGUUACAGCAGAAAACAAACUGAGAUUGGAAGAAGAGCAACCUUGGGAAGCAGAUGCUCUGAAAGAAUAGUUAACAGAAAACGUUCAAGUGCCUCAUUCCUUAUGCUUCUGUAAGAACAGGUUUGGUUUUCCUUCUGAGCUGCUGUAACAUUGAGACAGAAAAUCUCUGAUUCCUGGCAUUGGGAACAUCCCACCUUCCUUUUGAAAAGCACAGGAUCAUCCUAAUGCUCCUCAUGUCCCUCUUGUCAUUCCUGAAGUUCAGCAGCUAAAACUCUUAUUAAUGGGGUUGUGCUGCCUUUGUCACUGACUCAGAGCCCUGAGAGCCCAAAUUCCAACAGGCUGAAAUCCUGAGCACUGAAAGGCUCAGGUCCUUUCCAGCCCAAACCAUCCCAUGGUUCUUUUGCCUAUAAAUCCUUAAUUUAAACCCACUUUAUCAAUAAUCCCAGCAACCCCCAUUCCCCUGCAGAACCACCUCUAUUGUUGUGCUGCUUCUUCUAUUAUCUAAAGACUUUUGCAGCAGUUCUUCUAUGGUCAUUUUUAAAUUAUCAAAAAGAACAGUAAUAGCACUAAUUCAUCACUGAUUCCCAGAUUUCCAUGACUUUUGCAGGUCUGUCCAUCUGUAUUUUGGAUAUUGGUGACUCUUUUGGUCACAAUUGCUGUGCACUGUUGUUAAAGGACAGUAUUAUAUUUGUAAAAUGAUCUUUCUCCAUUAUAUCUUUAAUAUCCCAAGAGACACUUCCACAUUUUACUAUGGAAGAGCAGAUCUCAUUGAAUGGAGACUGUUAUCCUAGGAAUGCCAAGUAUCAUUGGGAUUGCUUCCCAAAAAAGCUCAGCAAAACCAGUUUUAACACAAAUACUAAAUGAGGCCAAGCAGUUGCACAAGAUCAGCACCCAAUUUUUCUGAUAGCAAAUCUUUGAUCCCUCAGCAUGAGACAUUAUCUUUUGUGGAGCUUUUUCCUCUUCUGCUUUGGUCACAGAAUGAAUUCAUUGCAGAUGAAAACAUUUGCCUAAAUGCUGAUUCCUGCUUCAAAUACAAAUCCACAGGAGUAUUUUUAAUUCCUGGUUUUAUUGCUGUUUUACAUCCAUGUAGUGUUGGGUUUGGACAGCCCAGAGCUCACAGAGAUUUUCCCAAGGUGGAAUUUAGCUGCACUUGAGCUGGUUUCCAAAGGGUUAAGGGAAAGGAAGCCUUGAUCCAAGCCAGAACAACAUAAGGUCUGAGAGGCUCAUUAGUUCACUGGCACUUAAUAGACUGCAGUGUCCUGGGAGGAAAUGAAACCUGCACUUCCUUCUGCCUUUGUUCUGCUCUGACAAAAGAAAACUGUACCUGGUUUUGCAGCAAACAAGACCUGAAAGUUCCUGUGGUGAGAGAGAUUUCUCAGUGUGUGCAAAGUGUGAAAUGUAUUUUGAGGAGAGAGAAAAAGUUUUUAAUUACUACUAACACUUCAGAGCCUUGAGCUGAUGGAAGGAUUGAAACUGCUCUGCAGUCUCUCACAUUCAGCUCCCAUGCUGCUGCUGCCAAAAAUGUGGUUUUUUAGCAGUGCUGCAGAUUUAAAAUGAAAUUAUAAUUAUUGUUAAAAAGUCAGGAAUAUAAUUCUGUUCACACUACUGGAUUAUUUAUUCUCACUCAUUAAAAGAGUAAUAGAGUUGUUGAACUGUAAACUGAAUUUCAGAACGUGAGCUGGAUGGGAAGAAAACACAACACAAGUGUGAAGCAAGAUAUUAAAGGUGGCCCAAAUGUGGCUUUUCUUUAG